UUCAAAAAUUAAGAAAACCUUUUUCUAAUACAUGCAUACAUACUUCACCUCACGCCUGUCUCCAAUGGGAAUAAGCAGACUGACUUACUUUUACGGUAAACCGCGUUUUUAGGAGCAUUCACCACAUGUAAUAUUAAUGGUUUCCGUUAGAUAUCGCCAGUUACAUACAUAUUGUUGUACAAUAAGUUCGUCCUAAUAAAUGUAAAGUACACAGUGCAGUGUAAACAGAAAAAAAACUCGGGAAUAGAGCACUGCCAUGGCUUUAUAGAUCUUCUUACAAAAAUACUUCAAGGCAGUGACAUAUCCUCUAUUCAUUCGUUUAACUCAGUCUAUCUAUUUACAAAUUAUCUGUCAGUAAAUAUUAUUUAUUUAUCGAAAUAUGAUUGUGUAAGUUUUCUUAAAAUUUCAUUAAGAUUUCCAGACUAAAUUAAAGGUAAUUCUUAAGUAGCUCUUAGAAAGACACCUACAUUAAAACUUAAUGGCCUUCCUUUCUAGUGCAGAUUCAGAUUCUACUCUAGUUGUAACAAGCAUGGAUUCCGAACGCACUCCUCGAGGCAAAAACGAAAUGGGUUUCGAAAAAGACUGGUUCAAUGCGACCGUUGAAAGCGAAGUAUGGCGCGGUAAUAAACUGCGUCAAAAAAAACCACAACCAGAUUCAAGUUACUAUGAAGCAAGUGUAGCCAAUAUCGAUUUUUUAGGAUCGUUCGUGAAGCAAUGCCAAAAAAAGCGAAAUAAAUACUCUAAAAACAAGACGAGCCCAAGUUCACCAACCUCAAAAUCUCCAUACCGACGGCGACCGACUUCAGCUGACACGGCUGCUACUUAUUCAGCAGCGCACAAAUAUUGCAUUCCUAGUUUACCACGAGGCAGAUCCAAAAUUCCCAAACACAAGAAGUGCCCGAUGAGAAUAGCGGAGCUGGCUGUGCCAACCAAACGACAGUGUAUUGAUACUUGGAGAAACAAAUCUGAUAUACUACCGGAGUUUAUGGUAGAAAGAUUGAAACAACAUGUGUUGGACCAACGACCAAUUGUAAAAAUACCAGAAGCAAUAAUUUGCUUUCAACGGCGAAGUCCAUCAACAUCAAAAACACGCUGUAAGUCUGCUGAAAAGAAACGAGAAAAUUAUGUAGACCUCUCGAAACCCAGUCGUUAUAUGGAUUCAAGAACCUUAUGUAUAUUAUUUGCACAUAAAAUUACUAAAAGGUUAUCAAAACAAUUAAAUUUAACUUUGAAUUCAGAUUUGAAAAGAUUAUCGAAAAUAAUUCAUGAAGAUAUAGCGAAGUUACUAACUAAAUGUACGUUUAGUAAAAAAACGAAGUAUAAAGCUAUACAUACAGAUGUAUCAAAUAAAAUUACAAUUUGGAUAACAAGUAUUUUAGACGAUUUAUCACUAAAGCUUCUCGAAGAAGAUUUAAGGGUCAGACUAAAAAAUGACGUUAAUGAACAUCUUUCUGAUCAAUUUGCCACUCUCGUGGAAACAUUUUUAAAGGAAGUAAAGAGGAAAGACCUAGAAGAAGAAGAAGGCCCCGUACUGGACUUUAUUGACGACCUAUUUGAUAAUGUUAUAGAUAUAUGCCAACCCCCGCCAAUGCACGUCGAGUCAGACUCAGAAGAAUCAAACAAAUCAGAAUCAGCAAAAGUUGACGAAUUGAUAGAACUACCAUCUGAUACAGAUAUACCCGUGACAAAAGUAGAAGAAAUAUUUAAUACUGCAGAAACUGAAAAUAUGUCUGAUGAAGAGUAUGUACGAAAAGAAAUACAAAAUGUAAUUGAUACCAUUAGAUUUGAUCCUACAGAUUAUUUCAGAAAUGAAAUUGCCAACAUUAUAGACAAUAUAAACAAAGAAUCCGGAGAUGAUACAAGUAACGGUUCAGGAGAUGUCACUGAUAACGAUAUUGAUGCAAAUACACUGCCAGCGGAAAUAAAAAGUAAUAACAAUAACGCAGACUUAACUGAUAAAACUUUCGAUAUAAAAGGAAGUAAUAAAAUGGCAGUACUACCCCUGAAAAAUGAAUAUAUCGAUAUAAAUUCAGACAGCGAUGUAGCUUUCAAUGAACUGAACAUUGAUGAAAAUGUCGAUGAAGAUAUUGAUGGUCAAAAUGAAGAUAUUGAUGGUCAAAAUGGAGAUAUUGAUGGUCAAAAUGACGAUGAACAUAUCGACAGUCAAAAUGUAGAUGAACUCAUCGUCACUCAAAAUGUCGAGGACGAAAAUGUUGAUGAACGUGUCGAUGAAUCAGGACAAAAUGAUUCAAAUGUGAGUGAACGUACUCAAAUUUUACUUGAAGAUAGUGAUGACGGAACAGAAGGCAAAAAAAUUAAGUUUUCUCAUAAAGACUUGGUGAAACCUCACUCAGAUGAUCUCACAGGACAAUAUAAAGAGGGUGACACAAAGGACGAAUUUGAGAAAUACAACAAAGUGCAAUCUAAUUCUGUAUCUGAUAAAUCUCUUAUCAUCUUUUCUGAACCCAAUACUCAUUUACUCAGUGACGCAGAUGAGCCUUGGCCUGCUGAUUUAGAUGCUUCAUUAAAAAUAACUGAGAGCGUAAAUAAAUCAAUUUCAUCCCUAGGCAAUAUUUUGGAAAUUGAUGAGAUACUAAAAUCGCCACCAAAAAGCGUCACUACUGAGAACCUAGUAACACCAAUUACUACAAAAGAAGCAGAAACUUUUCUAUACAAAUUAAAGGAUUUGAUGAAUAAAGAGGAUACAGAAAUACAAACAUUUGAACUGAUUGAAGAGGUCAAAGAGACCACUGCAGUUGAACCUAGCAAUAUAAGAAGCAAUUUCAAGUCGGUGGAUAAAAGAAGUGAUAAAACUGUUGUGGUUUCCUCUAAGUACAAAAAGCAUGAGCUCGAUUACACUGAAUCUGAAAUUUUAAGUACUGACAGUUCAUUUAGUGGAAGAGCGACCAGAAGAGUUAAUAAAACAAGUAACAAAAUACCAUCCUAUCACAAAUCGUCCUCGCUCUCGGACUGUGGCUGGCGUAAGUACCGUACUACCACUUUACUCUUUAUACCUAUUGGUAACUUUCUACGUGAUGCUUGCGUGCCAUCAAAACGCUGAUUUGAUUAACUAAUCAAUCACUGCACUAACUCACAGAAUACUCUUUUCAUCGUCUCCAAAUUCUUCUGCGGAAUAUUUAUUUCUAGAGGUUUGUGUCCGGGGGGUUAAAAUGGUCCUGGGUGUUAUUUACUGCCCUCCAACUAAUGACUACUUCACUGAAUUCGAGUCAGUCCUAGAAUCUUUGGGU